AUGGAGCUCUGGAACUCGACCUUGGGAAGUGGCUUCAUCUUGGUGGGGAUUCUAGAUGGCAGUGGCUCUCCUGAACUGCUCUGUGCCACAAUCACAGCCCUGUACUUCUUAGCCCUAACCAGCAAUGGACUACUGCUGCUUGUCAUUACCAUGGAUGCCCGGCUCCACGUGCCCAUGUAUCUUCUACUUGGACAGUUAUCUCUCAUGGACCUACUUCUCACUUCAGUUAUCACUCCCAAGGCUGUUGUAGACUUUCUCCUCAAAGACAACACCAUAUCCUUUGGAGGUUGUGCCCUUCAGAUGUUUCUAGAACUGGCACUAGGUACUGCAGAGGACCUUCUUCUAGCCUUUAUGGCCUAUGAUAGGUAUGUAGCUAUUUGUCAACCUCUAAACUACACAAUCUUAAUGAGUCACAAAGUCUGCUGGCUCAUGAUAGCCACUUCAUGGAUCCUGGCAUCCCUCAGUGCUCUAGGAUAUAGCAUCUACACCAUGCAGUAUUCCUUCUGCAAAUCUCGUAUGAUCAAUCACCUGUUCUGUGAGAUACCCCCAUUGCUGAAGCUGGCCUGUACAGACACCUCCAGAUAUGAACUUAUGGUUUAUUUGAUGGGUGUGAUUGCACUACUUCUUCCUCUUACUGCCAUCCUGGCCUCCUACUCACUAAUUCUGUUCACUGUGCUCCACAUGCCCUCAAAUGAGAGCAGGAAAAAAGCCCUUGUCACCUGCUCUUCCCACCUGAUUGUGGUUGGGAUGUGGUAUGGUGGUGCUUCCUUCGUGUAUGUUCUACCCAGUCCCUUCCACACCGCCAAACAAGACAAUAUCAGCUCAGUUUUCUACACGAUUGUUACUCCAGCUCUGAAUCCCCUCAUCUACAGCCUGAGGAAUAAGGAGGUCACUGGAGCUUUGAAGAGAGUCCUGAGGAAACGAUUGUCAACACAGCCUAACCUCUAG